GGGGGAGGGGGAUACUUUGAUCUCGUUUUUCAUCGCACCCCCCCGUUUGAGGGCCAAUAUGCAUGCAUAUCCGAACUUGGUGCUUGUGGCGCCACCUUGCUGCUUUGCUUUAUUGGUCCGUACACCAGGGCCAAUGCAUCCAGCACAACCCACCCGCGCGGCCCCCCGGUACAUUACAUUGUGUGUGAGGAGCUGAAAGUUGAUACAUCAGACGACGCAGAUGCACUGUUCGUUCCGAUACUACCCUAAGGAUAUAGCAAUAGCAAACAAUGGGGUUGGAUCUGGAUGCCGCCCGGGUGAAGACCUUGCCUGACGAGGCGUUUUACAUUGCGGGUUUUGUCUCGGAGGAUGAGGAGGCUUCUUUGCUACAAAAGAUCAACAGCGCCCCCCUCCCCCGCUGGACGCACCUGUCGCACCGGCGUCUCCAGACGUGGCCAUCAGCACUCACCAAGACCAACACGCUGAUCGCCGCACCGCUGCCCGCGUGGCUAGUCUCGCCCAUCAUCCGUCCCCGCUUCGACGAGCUGGGCCUGUUCCGCGACGCGCCGCACGGCGGGCCCAACCACGUCCUGGUCAACGAGUACCGGCCCGGGCAGGGGAUCAUGCCGCACGAGGACGGCCCCGCGUACCACCCGCUCGUGGCGACGGUGAGCCUGGGCUCGGCGACGGUGCUGGACCUGUACGCGAAGACGGACGACGACGACGAUGACCAGGGUGGUCGGCGGCCGCGGUACCGGGUGUUGCAGGAAAGGCGCAGUCUGCUGGUGACGAGGGGGGCGCUGUACCGGGAGUUCUUGCAUGGGAUCGCGGAGACCGGCAGGGACGAGGCGCUGGAUGCGGGGACCAUCUGCAACUGGGAUCUGUUGGGGGAGCGGGAGCGAUUCGCGGCGGGGUGGGCGGAGCGGCAGACGAGGGUCAGUCUGACGUAUCGAGAUGUGGUGAGGGUAGCGAAGUUGGGGAAUGCAAUGAAGUUUGUUGGGAAAUCUUAAUUUUUCUUUCUUCUUCUUCUUCUUCUUCUUUCUUUCUUUUCUUUUUUGUUCGUAUCUAAAUUUAAUAAUUAAUUCUGGUUACCCCAGUUUAUUCUGAUCAGUUUGAUCUGUGAUGCAUAAUGAAGAAAUCGGCCCGAUCCAGCUGAUGCUGCUUGCUGCACGCCAGCAUUCCCUGGGUUGACGAGGACGUCGGCAGCAAUUGAUGUAUCGACUGAUGAGUGGGGUUCGAUCUCGUCCUUGUCGAGUAGAACUCCAUAUUAAUGGACUGUAUCGUAUAUCAGUUAAUAAUAGUGACAUCCAUAUCUCUCCCAUCCCAGACUGAUAGAAUGGACAAUAUCUAAAGUAG